CACAAGAGAUUGUGAACUAGAGCCAACAGGAUAUAUAACUAAUCCUUGUCACACAAAGUUCCUCCUAUCUUGUUUAGCUGGUUUUUUUGUGUUUGACAGCAGUGUCUAGAAAAUAGCGUAAUACAUCCUGUGUAUCAUACCAGGCUCAGUGUCCAGCGAAAUGUUUGUUGUGAGAGCUUUUAACCAGCGCAAGGUGAUGUGGUAUUCAUUUUGUCUACUCAUUACAUGUAUUGUAUUUUAUGUGUUUAUAUCCUUGGGAGCAUAUCAUGUGGACGCAGGAGAAAAAAAACUGCCUGCUGGGCCUGAUGUAAAUAAAGAUAUCAACAAGAGGAUAGAAAACGAAUCUCGUGAGGCACAGGAGAUUGAGAUUGCUGAUGACCAACAGCCAAUCAAAACACAUCAGGGUCGAGUGAAUCUGCAUGUUUUUGAAGACUGUUGCGGCGGAUCCCUUGAUCAACUUAGGAAUAACCUGCUCUAUCCGUUAUUUCCCAAUGUGCGUACUACGGUGAGCAGACUUGCUGUGUCCCCUCAAUGGAGCAAUUAUGGUCUGAGAAUCUUUGGCUACCUUCAUCCUUCAGAAACUGAAGAAUAUAUUUUUGCUGUUGCCUCUGAUGACAACUCAGAGUUCUGGCUCAGUUUAAAUGAAAGUCCAGAAAACCUUCAACUUCUUGCCUAUGUUGGUGAGACAGGAUAUGAAUGGACUGCUCCAGGCGAGUAUUGGAAAUUUGCAUCCCAGAUAUCCAAACCUAUCUUGUUAGUGAAAGACAUGAAAUAUUUUUUUGAAGUCCUUUUAAAACAGAAUAGCGGAGCUGAUCAUCUGGAAAUAGCGUGGCGUUUAAACCAUGACAAUGGCAUAUUUUCUGUGAUAACCUCUGAGUUUUUAUCAUUAUAUGAAGAUGAAUCUUCUCUACAAAUGGGAGAUAUUGAGCACAUACCUCAAACAAAAGCAAGUUACGACAGACUCCUUGAUCCGAUUCCCUUGUCACCCCAUCCAGUGCGAGACAAGAUCAGAGAAGACCCACGGGAUCACAUCUAUAAAUACAACAUGCUAGAUGAAUCCUACCUGAAAGACUUGUUUCCCGAAUGCCAUUACAAACCAAGUUACAUACUCAGUAAACAGAUUGAACGAUAUCAAGGUGUAAAUUUGGUUCAGUUUUCUUCAGUGUACCCAAAUGACUACACAAGACAAAGUAAUGAUCACGAUGAUGAGAUGUGCUUUUACAAUCAAGAUCCAUCAUUUCAGGCAGAAAAAGGAUUUGCUGCUUACCUGAUCGAGGUUGAAGACCCUGAUAUACAAAAGACUGAUACAGGUGAAGGUCCUUUUUGGCAGCGUGUCUAUGACGUGAAACCCCUCAAUGCUGCUUCAAAGCGAACUGCUAUUGUGGCAAAUUCCUGCAGAACAGCUGGAAACAUUGUGAUGUCCCAAAGUCAUGCCAUGUCCAUAGUUAGAGCCUUUUUGGAAGCACUGCAUUCAAGAGAAGAGACAUGUGGCUACUCCUUGUUGCAUGUGGUGAAUGUUGUAAGGCGUGAAGACAAGGACUUGGGCAGUCGUUAUCUGGUGGAACUGGAACUUAUGGGCCCACAGGGUCAGAAAGUUCUUGUUUCACGUUAUGUUUAUGCAAAAGCUGAGGAUUCAUCUAAACAAGUGUUUCUCUGCAGUCCAAAAGCAUUCAACUGGAACCCAUCUGCUACUGUUCAUGUAAUUGUGGCAGUGAAAGAUCAGGCCAGAUGGAUCAUACAGUUUAUCAGGGAAAUGGAAAAUGUGUACAGAACAACUGGGGACAAAAACUUUAAUGUAAUAAUUGUAGACUACAACAGCUCUGACAUAGAUAUUGAGAAAAGACUCAAAAAGGCAAAAUUACCAAGUUACAAGUUUAAGAAGAUGGAGGGUAAUUUUCAAAGAACAGGUGGCCUUCAAGCUGGAAUAGAUCUUGUUGAAGAUGAAAACAGUAUUUUGUUCCUGUGUGACCUGCACCUCUACUAUCCUGUGAAUAUUAUAAACAGUAUACGAAAACACUGUAUUGAGGGAAAAAUGGUCUAUGCUCCAGUUGUGAUGAGGCUAGAUUGUGGUUCUUCCCCAAGAGCCCCAAAUGGCUUUUGGGAGAUUGAUGGUUAUGGCUUGAUGGGAAUCUACAAGUCAGACAUGGACCGUAUUGGUGGCAUGAACACCAGAGAAUUCAAAGACAAAUGGGGGGGUGAAGACUGGGAGUUAUUAGACAGAAUCUUAGGCAAUGGGUUAGAGGUGGAACGACUCCACCUGAAAAAAUUUUUCCACCAUUUUCACUCCAAACGUGGAAUGUGGGUAACCAACGAUUCAGGCUAAAAAACACACACAUGCCUACAGUAGUGCUGAUUGCAUCUUUUACAAGCAGAAUCAGCCUUUCGAAUGAAGUUGGUGGAGGGUUGAAUGUUUUAUAUUUAUACACUGUAAAUGUAUUAACUUAGUACAUAAUACCAUUUUUUUUGUAAAUUUUUGGUUAAAAUGUGUUGGUUUGUGUAUAUAUUUGCAUCUGUUGGUUUAAAGCAAUACUAAAAUGUGUAUUUUGAGUGUGUCACACCACAGAAAAAUGUAUUAACCACCCAGUCAAAUUUGAAUGAUUAAAAAAAACUCCAAGUAAAUGAAAUAAGUUAUUAAAUUUAUGAAAAAAUAAGCAGUAUUUUCUGUUCUUAAAAAAAGGGGCGUGUCUGCUGUUGCCGCUGAAACCACGCCCACUUGCGAGAAAGAUUCCAUCACUCUCAACUCUCGUGACGAAGGCAUAGCUAGCUAGCAAAGUAUAGGCUGUAGUAACUAACUUAACGGUAAUGACAAUAACUCGCGCACUCGAGCAGCCGAGCCACUGAUGCUAAUACACUGUAGUUAUUAAAGUGUUAAUAAAAUCCUGUACACAGAAAAUCACAGUAAAAUCCUGAACACAGAAUUGGUGAAAAACUGUUUAACGGUCUAACUCCACAAUUCAGAACUACAUAGUUCACAGUCUUUGUAAAGUGUUUCAGCAAUGCAUUUGCAACAUUUAUAAAGUGUUUAGAAACAAUUCUCAGAAUUAACUUUACACAGACUUUAAGUAUUUUGGAUUUGAUCAAUUGCAAGCAUAUGAUGACAUGAAUACAGUUUAAUGACAUUGAAAUAUUGUAAGGGGCAGUUCACACAGAACACGUUUUUCCAUUCCACUGUGCUGCUUUUCUAUUGUUUUUCAAUGUAAACAUAUGCUGAUGGACAUCUUUAACUGUUGCACUCGCAUCUCGUUUUGCACCUUCUUAUGCAUGACAAAUUAUUCUAAAAAUGUGGCAUUCAAGUUAAAAUAUCUUCAACUUAAAGGGGUGGUUCACUGGUUUUUUGAUUGUGUUUAUGGGGUGCAGUUUAACAUGUCUUAAUGCUUCGUUUUUAAAAAAAACACAGUAUUUUUCAUAUAUUUGUAAUGUCUGGACCAAUCAGCCACACAAUUAUUCAUUGUAUUUAAUGAAUUACCCAUAAACUCACUCUCAAUAUCAAAGUUCUCUGAACUCAUCCCCCCUAAAACUGUAACCAGCAUCCCAAUGUUGCUAGCACACAGGCCAACCUAGGUGUCCUGUUACAGUUAUAUGGUACUUUUAUGAUCCAGAAGAAUUCUGGAGAGACUAGUGACUCAUUCUUCCUGAGAAGGACAAAUAAACUCUCUUAAUCCUAUGUAUUCUCUAUAUAACCA